GGAUGGAGGAAACCUCUCUGCUGCUGCUGCUCUGUGUGACCUCACUGCUGAGCUGCACAACAAACCAAGCCUCUCUGACUGUGAGUCCCAGCAGCUCUCAGCUGUUCAAAGGACAGUCUGUCUCUCUGAGCUGUGAGGAGGACGACAGCUCUGCUGGAUGGACUCUGAGGAGGAACACAACCAGAGACACCAGAACUGAAUGUGGAGCUGACUGGGGAGAACCUGCUGGUUCUGUCUGUAACAUCGGCCUCAUCCUCCCAUGGGACAGUGGAGUUUACUGGUGUGAGUCCAGAGAGGGAGCAACCAGUAAGAGCAUCAACAUCAGUGUCACUGGUGGAUCAGUGAUCCUGCAGAGUCCUGUCCUCCCUGUGAUGGAGGGACAUGAUGUCAGUCUGCACUGUAAAACAAAGACGUCCUCCAACCUCCCAGCUGCUUUCUAUGAAGAUGGCUCCUUCAUCAGGACUGAGCCUGCAGGUCACAUGACCAUCCGCCAUGUAACCAGGUCUGAUGAAGGCCUCUACAAGUGUGACAUCACAGGUCAUGGAGAGUCUCCACCCAGCUGGCUCACUGUCACAGGUAGACCAACUGAGGCCCCGCCCACAUCUGCAGCCCCGCCCCCUGACUCAGACCACCUCCACCUGGUGGUGUUCUGUCCGUACUGCAUCUCCACUUUCAUCAUGGUGUCUUUAUAUCGACAACGACCCACAGGAAAUGACCUGCUCGUCUCCGUAGUGGUAACCCCGCCUACCCAGGCUGAGGAGGGACUGGAUGAUGACAAUGAUGAUGUCAUCACUGCUGUCACCACGGAGCAUCACUUCUGAACUGAUGUGAAUGAAGCUAAAAUGUUUCAGGUCCUUGGUAGAUGAGAAACAGUGAAGGACCCAGAACGCUUCCCUGUGGAACCCCACAUGUUGUAGUUUGACUUGUAGAUGAUGUUGAACUCAGGAUCUCUGACUCUCAUGAUUCAGGCCCCUGGACAGAUGUCCUGAUGUGUUUACUGUCGAUGAAGCAGUCGACAUGUUUUUGGUCCAAAUUAAAGCUGAUAGUUGUUCAGACUCUGCUGUGAGUCGUGUUGUUGUUCAUGUUUGUUUCA